AGUGUGAUAUAUCAAGUGACGAACACACAUCAUGACAGUAGCAAAGUACGACAAAUAUUUUCUUCUUAAGGAUACCAUAACGUUCGUAAGAUGGCUUCGGUACUGAUUCGUAGCAGCCGAACUGCGGCUAUACAGUUUAUUAGAGCCACAUCAUGUGCUCAGUAUUCAUCGGGAAACACUCCCAAGAUAACCACGCAUUACACAGUCAUCCCAAGAGAGACAGAUGACAGAUGGAAAGAUGUGGAAAUGGAACGCUAUGGGGAUGAGGCUGAUGUAGUGAUAGUAGGAGGAGGACCUGCAGGGUUGUCAGCGGCGAUACGUCUCAAACAACUCUGUCAAGAGAAAGGAACGGAUCUUAGGGUUUGUGUGGUGGAAAAAUCUACUGAAAUGGGUGGCCACAUAUUAUCUGGUGCCUGUCUGGAACCCAAUGCUUUGAAUGAGCUCAUCCCAGAUUGGAAGGAGAGAGGAGCACCUCUCAAGACAGAGGUCAAAGAAGACAAGUUCUCUUUCCUCACAGAAAAACAUCGCAUUCCAAUUCCUGUGCUUCCUGGUCUACCUAUGAACAAUCAUGGUAACUACAUUGUACGUCUGGGUAACUUUGUACGUUGGCUUGGAGAGCAGGCAGAGGAACUUGGUGUGGAGAUCUACCCAGGGUAUCCAGCCAGUGAGUUGUUAUAUCAUGAAGAUGGCAGUUUGAAAGGCAUAGCAACCAGUGAUGUGGGUGUGGCCAAGGAUGGCUCUCCUAAGCAAACAUUUGAGAGAGGGAUGGAACUCCAUGCCAAGGUGACGAUAUUUGGAGAAGGGUGCCAUGGACAUCUUGCCAAACAGCUCUACACUCAGUUCAAUCUUAGAGAAAACUGCCAGCCACAAACUUAUGCAAUUGGACUCAAGGAGGUCUGGGAAAUUGAUCCCAGCAAUCACCACCCAGGCAGGGUAGAACACAGCAUUGGUUGGCCAUUGAACAAGAACACAUAUGGUGGAUCUUUUAUCUACCACUUGGAUGAGGGUGCACCCCUUGUAGCAGCAGGGCUGGUGGUAGGGCUGGACUACUCCAAUCCUUACCUAAGUCCAUUCAGGGAGUUCCAGAGGUUCAAGCAUCAUCCUUCCGUCAAAGCCACCUUCCAGGGUGGAAAGAGGAUAGCUUAUGGUGCUAGGGCACUCAAUGAAGGAGGGCUUCAGUCAGUACCCAAGUUGACUUUCCCCGGCGGUGUGCUCGUUGGAUGUAGCCCUGGCUUCAUGAAUGUACCUAAGAUCAAGGGUACCCACAAUGCAAUGAAGAGCGGCAUCAUAGCAGCCGAAGCUAUCUAUGAUCGUCUCACUCAGGAAGAUGCUUCCUCAGAAACAGCAGGCAUCAAUGUAACCGAGUAUGAGGACAGACUGAAGAGUAGCUGGGUGUGGAAGGAGUUGGUGUCCGUCAGGAACAUCCGUCCGUCUUUCAGCAGUCGUCUGGGUCUCUAUGGAGGGGUCAUGUACACAGGACUCUUCUACUUCCUAGGGAGGGGAAAGGAACCAUGGACACUUAAACAUCAUGGUAAAGACGCAGAUUCCCUCAAGCCUGCCGCUGAGUGUACCGCUAUCGAGUACCCCAAACCAGACAAUGAGAUCAGCUUUGAUCUAUUAAGCUCUGUCGCCCUCAGUGGUACGAACCAUGAAGGAGACCAACCAGCCCAUCUCACUCUCAAGGAUGAUAGCGUACCAGUCAACAGGAAUCUGGCCAUCUAUGAUGGGCCUGAACAGAGGUUCUGCCCAGCAGGUGUUUACGAGUACGUCCCGACAGAGGACGGAGAAGCGAUGAGACUGCAGAUCAACGCUCAGAACUGCGUCCAUUGCAAGACCUGUGACAUCAAGGAUCCAAGUCAGAACAUUAACUGGGUGGUCCCAGAAGCUGGAGGUGGACCAGCGUACAGUGGCAUGUGAUUCAUUAUUCAGUGUUAAAGGACUGUACAUCUUGCAUCCUGACUACGACUAGGUUUCGGAAGAAAUUGCAAUAGUUUGAGUACUUGAGAUGUUACGAUGUGAGAUUUUUUCAGAUUGAGGGCCUAACUGUUCAUUUGAAAAUAGGAGAUUCUGGUCAUUAUGAAUAAUGUUAUAAUAAACUCCCCUCUUAUGGUAAUUUUGCUGCUCCCAUUUACUGGGAUUCUAUUGUGUAAGGCCCUGAUAUAAGAAGUUUUUGACAUACAGAGGUAAUUUCACUGGCCUUACAGAGUUAGUUGUAAUAAGCUUUCACUGUACUGAAAAUACAGUAUGUUGUUGGCCUUCCAGAUAGAGAGAAGCUCUCUCAGCUGCAAAUUACUUCAUGGUUGUACCUCUUGCAUAACUGCCCACCAACAAGAAGUCAUGUAUGCCAUUAGCAAUGAACCACAAAGCCAUCUUCGGGUUUAAGGACUCUGGUGGCUUUAGAUACCUUGUCAUUUCUGCUCUUCCUAUUCAUAUGAGCAUUUAAUAGUAACCCUAAUCUGGAAGAAUUCACCUUUUUUAAAACUCACAUCUCAUCCUAUCGUAAUUGAUUUCAAAAUGUAUUAAUUAUAGUCCAGUUAGGUGUGCAAUAGGCUUUCAUACUUGGGAGCAGCGAAAGACAAUGCAACCUUCCCCUCAUUGGCUUGGAGUCUUCAAAAUAUUUGUUUACUGGUUUUAUAAAGAAAUACCAAUGCAAAUGCCAAGAAUUUCAAUGAUAAUGGUAAUGAUAGGGCAUUAGACUGUGUAUAAUUUUCCAGGGUAAUUCAUUAAUUCACUGUUCAAAAGUAACAGGUUAUGAUGUGUAUGAAGAUGGGCGAUGUAGUAACCAGUAAAUCUUGCUAGUUCCAGUCAAACUCCAUAGAUGUGCAUGUUUUUUUUUGUUAUGGAUAUCCAUAGUUUGUGUGUGAUAUGUCAUCACUUUGAUAUUACCGGUAAUGUAUCCUUCCCAUCUUGAAGAAAUCACCAAUCUCUUGAUGUUUUACGAUCCAUUGCAUUUGAAAAACAAACCAGAAUGGGAAGCACAGACUACAGAAUAGUUGUUAUUUUUAUAAGAAUUCUAGAGGCUAUAUAUUACUAGCAAAUAUCACCAUUUCACUUCUCUGCAUUAUGUGAGAAUGCAAAAUUGUAUUUGCAAGUAGCACCGUGAAGUCAGUUCUUUAUCAAGUGAUGAAAAUAAAAACUUUUAACUUGCAAACAAUGACUUGUAAUCUGACAUGUGUGAUUGGCUUAGCUCAAACAAUACGUCGACCCAGUAUUCGUAUAUAUUUUACCAAACUGCGGAAUGAGAUAUUUGUUUGUUUCGGCUCAGGAGUGCUACGUCGGUGAACUUCUGUUCAGUUCAGCAGUUUGGCCACAGCGCUAUCCUACGAAUCCUAUGAAUAUUCCCUGGAGUGGACUAGCAUUUGUACUCCUGUGAUCCAUAAGAGAGUGUACACAGUAUUCUUUGCCUGGCUAUGACCGUCGACCAGAACUAUUUUUUUAUUGGGAUGAUAAUAGUGGUCAGUCAAUCCUCUUUUUCAAGAUUAUCCCACAACUGCUGUCAGAAUAAGUGCAAGUCACUACUUGUACAUUCCACAUGAAGUGGACAUAGGUCAGAGAUGCUUAAUAGAGUUGUCCACUUCAUAAAUAUAUCAACUGUAUCAAUGAAAUGUGAAUUUAGAACUUAAUUUGUUUUUUUCUCUCAAGAUUGCAGGAUUUCGAUUGUAUUAUUUUGAUCUGAAUUGAUUUGGAAAAAGUAUAGAAUUUGUUUUAAAAUUGUGAAGUGGAUUGAAAAUUAAUGAAGGAAGGAACAUGCAAAAAGCCUUUUUUACACAUGACAUUGUGAACCACUUGAAAAAGAAAAAAAUAUCAUUUGAAAAUGAACGACGGCUAGAGAUGAAAAUUUUUGGUUGCAGUCUUAAAGGUCUCUAUAGAGUGUUAUAAGAUACAAAAUUGUGAAAGCCCCUCAUGCUUAUGAUAGAUGUCCUUUAGUUUAUUUAGGCAGAGGGGCAAUUCACAAAGAUUUAUGUCUAGACAUAAAUCUUUGUGAAACAUUUCCCUGGACUUGUAGGUCGUGUAUCGUAAUGACCUCGAGCAUUCACUCUAUAAAUGUAUUCCUUCAAAACGCACAAUUUGACAAAUGUACUUCGUUUGAGAAGUUUCUGUAAUUCUGGAAUGCAUGAAUGUUACGGACCAUUGUAUAUAAAUCAAAGAAAUUAUAGAAGUUGAAUGUCAUGUGCACUUACAAUUCAGUGAUAAAUGAAUGAAAUAUAAUGUAUACUUGUUUAUGAGAUGAUUGUUUUGAGGCAAUAAAUACUGUUGAUACAUUACUUUGUGUUUUAUAUCACAGUCAAAUAAUUUGUUUCUCAUGAUAAA